UGCUGAACGCUUCUAAGCAGAGAAGAUUCUCUAAAUAAUUAGCUCUUUGCCGUUGCGUGUUGUUUAAACCCCUCGUUUUACUUAACAACCAGCUUUCGGUUUCUCUCCAGGGCACUGCAGGCGGUUUAAACAACUAAUCGCAUUUAGCUCCAUAUCAAAUGGGUGAAGGACGAUAGAUGAGCAUUUUCCAGAGAAGAGCAGAUUUAUGUGUCACUUUGUAAUCUAAUGACAUUGUUUAAACCCCGACAGAAGUUUUAAACUAGUUUUAGUUUCUCUUGGCUCGGAGUGUUGUCGCCAUAAAGAUUAUGGCUGCUGUUGUGAAUUACUCUCCUCCGUGGUGGGUUAACCUGAUCCACAGACUGCCUCACUUUAAUCUACAAUUUGAACAAACCAGCAGUGAUUUUCGCCCAGAGGACUCGUCAUACCAGCAGUCCAUCCUGCUGCUGGGCAGUGUAGCUCUGGCAUGCUUGGCUUUGGACCUCCUCUUCCUCCUCAUCUACUCCUGCUGGCUGUGUUGUCGCCGUAAGAAGAGCGACGAGCAGCCGAGCGCCGACUGCUGCUGCACCGCCUGGUGCGUCAUCAUCGCCACCCUCGUCUGCAGCGCCGGCAUUGCUGUUGGUUUCUACGGGAACGGAGAGACCUGUGAUGGCGUGAAUCGACUUACUUACUCCCUCCGCCAUGCCAACCGCACCGUGUCAGGAAUACACCGACUGGUGUCAGAAAGUACAUCUGCUCAGAGCCAGACUGUGGACGAGAAUCUUCAGCUACUAAAGGACCAGUAUGCAAAGCAUACAGACUACCUGUCCAUCAUACAGAAACUCCAGGCUCAGCGGGGUGAGCUGGUCCGUCAGUUGGCUGACAUUCCUUUUUGGAACAAUCUCAGCAUCUCCUUGGAGGAUCUGGCAACCCAGAUUGAACUAAAUGACUGGUACAGGUGGCUGGGGUACCUGGGUCUGCUGCUGUUUGAUGUGCUUAUUUGCCUUCUGGUGCUCUUCGGUCUCAUACGCAACUCCAAAGGAACUCUGAUUGGGGUGUGUUUUCUGGGUGUGUUGGCGCUAGUGAUCAGCUGGGGCUCACUGGGUCUGGAACUGACUGUCUCCUCGGGCUUCAGUGACUUCUGUGCGGCACCUGACAUGUACAUUACCAAGGUGUCAGAGCAGUACUCCCUUAUCAAAAAAGAUAUCCUGCAGUAUUACCUCACAUGUAACGUGGGUCAGAUCAACCCCUACCAACAGAAGAUGUCAGGAAGUCACAAAGCACUGGUGGAAAUGCAGGACGAUGUGUCAGAACUACUGCGCUCUGCAGUCCGAGAAUACCCCAACACAAAGGGAAACCUUGAGCAAAUUCAGGGGGGUUUGAACACCACUGAGGUUGGACUGCACCAGCUCACUGCCCUUGUGGACUGCCGCAGUUUGCAUAUGGAUUAUGUGCAGGCAUUGACCGGAGUGUGUUAUGAUGGGCUGGAGGGUCUGAUCUACCUGGUGCUGUUCUCAUUCAUCACUGCUCUCAUGUUCACCUCUGUCAUCUGCAGCGUGCCGCACACAUGGCAUGGCAAAAGGCCUGAAGAAGACAGUGAGGAGGAGUCCGUGGCUCAUGGAGGCAGACAGAAUCAUGAUAACCUGUACCGAGUGCACAUGCCAAGCCUCUACAGCUGCGGCAGCAGUUACGGCAGCGAGACCAGCAUCCCUGCAGGAGCACACACUGUCAGCAACGCUCCCGUCACUGAGUACAUGACCCAGAAUGCAAACUUCCAGAACCCUCGCUGUGAGAACACUCCUCUGAUCGGGAGAGAAUCUCCUCCUCCAUCUUACACAUCCAGCAUGAGGGCCAAGUACCUGGCAAACGCCCGACCCGACCCCAACAGCAGCUCCGCAGCAAACUAGAGGAACACUGUCUCCUUUCCCUUCAGUCUAAAGCUACCCCUCAUCCACGUCCUGUUCCCACAGCCCAGACAAGUUUCACCCCAGGCCUACCCUUUUAGCCAUGUUGAUCUUUGAUGCGUGCUCUCCUACCCAGCUGAUAAAGGACGUCCUUGCAUCAUGUAAAUACUGCUGUCAGAGGAAUGUUCCAGAGGCCUCUUGUGCUGUUUCCAGUUGGCCGGGUCAGUUCAGGCAGCUAGUUCAGCGUGGCGGCAGCAAAAGGGUUACUCUCAGCCCUGAGUGUUUGUGUGUGUGUGUGUGUGUGUGUGUGAGAGAGCAUCUGUGAUGAGUAUGAACUACAUUACAUACAGAUACAUUGAGUGACGUGUGUGUGCGUGUAUGUGUGUGUUGAUCCAUGCUGCCCUUGCUCAAUUGUGGUGCUCUUGCCAGAGGUUCAGAAAGGUCCAGAACUGAAAAACUGGACAGGGUUUAAUGCCCAUAACCCUACAUUCCUGUGUGGCCUCUGUCCUCUGGUCAUUUGAAGUAAUGUGACCUUCUCCACUUUCAGGACCUACUGCCACGUCCAACUCUAUACAGUUUACAUCAGUGGCAUCUACUGUAAUAUAACUGGACCAAUCUAAUCUUAAUAGCGUGAGAAACUCUUGAGCAUUGAGAAUUUCCUUAGAACUCUUGUUUUGGGCUUGGAUAGCAGUUUUUAAGUUGACAAAGUGGGAUGAUAGCUAUUUUAAUGAAAUGGUGUGAGAAAUAAGGCCAGAAACAUGCUCUACGCUAGUACAGAAAUGCAGUAUAAAUGUAUUGUACAUCCUGUGGCGCUAACCUUCAUACUCAAGGGGGUGAUAGAGAGCCAGAUGGGUUUUUUUAAUUAU